GUCAUUGACGUCACAUUCGAACACGCUCAAUCCGCCAACUUCGUGAAAUUCGCCGCGUGGAGCAGGUUGCUACAUCCGCCACCUAGUAACAGAACGCUACCGCGAAUCCUUCAACCUGGCAGGUAAUAAGCGCCGCAGCUUCUCCAGUAACGGAGGCUUGCUGAAUCGCAUGUUCGGCACCUCCCCUGGAAAAGAAGACGAAGUUGCUGUUAACGACGGCCCUGCGGUGAACGACCCACGAGGACCUGCGCCAUCUGCUUCUACGAACGACCCCGCUAUGGGAGGCGCCGGCAAUGGACUGGACCGCAAAGCCAGCGAUGCCUCGAACCCUAAUACAGAAAAGAAGAGGCGGAGUAGUGGCGUGUCGCGUGCAAGGGAUAUGUUCUCAAGCGCAAAGCAGUCGCUGCACCUAAGCCCCAACCCCAAUGCCGCCCCUCCGCCUGGUUCUUCGCCUGGAAAGGCAGAGACGCCUAUCCAGAAGCUCGGGAAAUCUGACGCUGCGCUCAGCGUCCCCCAGGGCUCGCUCAACAACUCAGCCGGCGAGUCCGCGCCCACACCACGUUCGACCUUCCGAGUCGGUGUAACAGAGGACAAGAACAAGAAGUGCAGGCGGACGAUGGAGGACACACACGCAUACCUAUACAACUUCUUGAGCACACCCGCGCCAUAUUUCGGUGCUGAGAAGCGAGGUUCGACGUCCGACGCUGGCUCUGUUCAGUCUGGUGCAACGAGCCAGCAGGUUGCCGAAACCGACAACGGGUACUUCGCUAUUUUCGAUGGCCAUGCUGGAACCUUUGCUGCCGACUGGUGUGGUAAGAAGCUUCAUUUGAUCCUGGAAGAGACAAUCAAAAAGCACCCCAACACGCCUAUCCCUGAACUCCUCGAUCAGACAUUCACCAGAGUGGACAAUGAACUCGAGAGGCUGCCCCUCAAGAACAGUGGUUGCACUGCAGUCACCGCAGUAUUGAGGUGGGAAGACCGAGUUCCGAACGCUCAGUCUUCGACUGGCUCUAUUCUUUUCGCUCCUGCCGCAGCGUCAGCUAUCAAGAACGAGGCCGGUGAAACAGUUCAGGUGGAGGCUGCAGAGGCACACGCAGUUGCAGACCGGUUACAAAGCGAAGUGAGUCGUCAACGAGUACUGUACACAGCCAACGUCGGUGACGCACGUAUCGUUCUCUGCAGAAAUGGCCGAGCCCUCCGCCUCUCAUACGACCACAAGGGUAGCGACGAGAAUGAAGGACGCCGCGUGGCCAGCGCCGGUGGAUUAAUCCUCAACAACCGCGUUAACGGCGUACUUGCUGUCACACGAGCACUUGGCGAUGCCUACAUGAAGGACCUAGUCACUGGCCAUCCCUACACUACAGAGACCGUGAUCCAAGCAGACCAGGACGAGUUCCUGAUUCUUGCUUGCGACGGGCUCUGGGACGUUUGCUCCGACCAGGAAGCGGUGGAUCUUGUUCGACACGUCCAGGAUCCACAAGAAGCGUCCAAGAAGCUCGUGGACUACGCUCUGGCUCGUUUCUCCACCGACAACCUGUCAUGCAUGGUUGUCCGCUUUGAUAACAAGGCUGUGAGGCAGCGCAAGAACGAAGGCACCAUCGGUGUUGAGGGCGACCCGCUGACCGCUAAAGGCAACGUCACAGAAGCCGAGGCCAUUGUUGCCCAGGCAAGGAAGUCGAUUAGCGACCCACAACAGUCGGUUGAGAACGCCGCAGCCAGCAUCAUUAAAGAAGAAGAGGAGAAGGAGCCAGGGCCUGAGCUGAACAUCGAGGCAGCGAAGGCAGCCCAGAAGCAUCCUGCUUAGAUUUCGUAGGUAUUCAAUACGUGUGGAGGAUUAUGCGGCAUGGCUGGAAUUUCAUCUCCUUAGUCCCUCCCAUGUAUGCAUGCUCUCAGAUUAUAGCUGUACCAAGCCAGGCGUUCUUGCAGAAGAAUUGAAACAAUUUCCGUGUCGGCCCA